GUGCUGCGGGCCGAGAGCCGCCUGGCCCCCGCCCGGCUGGAGUACUACGACAGCGAGAAGAAGUUCAAGAGCAGCCUGCGGGCGGCGGGGGCCGGCGGGGCCGCCUCGCUCUGCUGCCCGCCACCCAAGCGGGUCAUCCCCCUGUACCAGUGCUUCACCGUCAGCCGGCGGGCGGGAGCGACACACACGUUUUUGGGCGGACGCCAAGCACAAGCACAUCAUCGCCCUGUACACCAAGGACGAGUACUUCGCCAUGCUGGCCGAGAACGAGGCCGAGCAGGAGGCCUGGUACCAGGCGAUCAGCGAGCUCAUGAGCCAGAGCAAGAGGGGCUUCCUGGAGCAGGAGGACCACGCCGAUCAGCAGGUGGAUGAGGAUGAGGAGCACUACGGGGCCGCCCUGAGGCCUGGCGCCGUCUUCAAGGAGGUGUGGCAGGUCAACGUUAAGCCCAAAGGGUUGGGACAGACAAAAAACCUCACCGGAGUGUAUAGGCUGUGCCUCUCCAGCAAGGCCAUCCACCUCGUCAAGCUGAACUCCGAGGUGCCCUCCGUCCACUUGCAGCUGAUGAACAUUCGCCGCUGCGGACACUCCGAGAACUUCUUCUUCAUCGAAGUGGGCAGAUCAGCCUCUAUCGGGCCCGGAGAACUCUGGAUGCAAGUGGAUGAUUCGGUGGUUGCCCAGAAUAUGCACGAGACUUUCCUGGAUACCAUGAAAGCUCUAAAGGCCUUUGCAGAGUUCAGGCCCCGAAGCAAGAGCCAGUCUUCUGGUGGUGGUAGUGGCACCAAUCCUAUCUCCUUUAUCACCACUAGGAGGCACUUGGGCAACCUGCCCCCCAGCCAGACGGGCUUGCAGAGAAGAUCUAGGACUGAGAGCGUUGCCGGGGGUACCCCUCCCACCACGAAAAGCAGCAACUCCUAUCGCUUCAGAACGUCCAGUGAAGGAGAAGGAACCAUGACUAGGCCUUUUAGGUCAGUGACUGGGAGUCUUAUCCACCUGAAUACAGCGAGGAUGAAUUUGGGCCGGCAAGAAGGGAGUGGAAGGUACGUGAGAGCUGCUUUCAGCUCGUCCUACCACACCAGGUCUGCUUCACUGCCCGUUUCCCAUUUUCCCUCCACCACGAGUCCCAUCAGUGUUUCUUCCAGUAGUGGCCAUGGCUCUGCUUCGGACAUGUUGACCAGGCCUUCUAGCUCAUCCGUUUGUGGUUCCCCGAGCGAUGGGGGAUUUAUCUCCUCUGAUGAAUACGGCUCCAGCCCUGGAGAUUUCAGGUACUUCCGGGUCAGGAGUAAUACUCCAGAUUCCCUGGGAAACACGCCGCCCAUCAGAGAGGAGAACUGUCUGAGCGAGUACAUGUCCAUGAGUAAGCAGCAGGCAGAUGACAGCUCGAGAGACGAUUAUAUGGAGGCUGAAAAGUGUUUCAGGAAAAGAACUUACUCUCUAACAAAACCAACUUCUGUAGCGGUACAGCAGAAGAUGACACAAACUACAGCUUUGCUAGAUGAAGAUUCUGCAGGAAAUCACGGACGGUUACUUUACUCUGAAACACCAAAACUGAAAGAUAACCACGAACUGGAGUACAAUGACAGUAACCUUGAUUCCGUGUGUAACCAAAGUAGGAGUAAAGCCAGGGAUGAUGGGUACAUGCCAAUGAUGCCAGGAGUUGCGUCUUCUCUCUCCAGCAACAGCGAUUAUUUGCCAAUGACUCCUAAAAGCGUGUCUGUUCCGAAACAGAUUAACAAUUCAUGGUCACCAUCUCAGGUUGACUCCAGAGGAUAUAUGAUGAUGUUUCCAAAGGCUAGCUCUUCACCUGUACGAAGUCCUUUAACUGGAUUUAAUUCUAAAGGAAGUAACGAGAAGAUUGUGAACAAUGAAUAUAUGGAUAUGUCACCCGGUAACUCUGCUCCAAAGCACCCCGGUGAUUCCAAUUACAUUCACACCAGUUCUGUUUCCAAAGGUUUUAGUUCCUACUUUUCUUUGCCCCGCAGCUUUAAGGCGUUAUCAGGACAAAACGGUGACCACAGUGAGUAUGUUCCAAUGUCUUCGCCUGGAAAACUUCUGUAUGGUGGACCAGAAAACGUAAAAGGGGUCAACAGUGAGGCUCUGGCUAAUGGCAUCUCCAAAUUGCCGGUGGUGAAAGGUUCAGAUGAAGGACUUGUGCAGAACAGGGCUGCCAGGCCCACGAGGCUUCCCCUCGGUACGAGAGGGAGUAAUACCAUCCCCAGGAUGUACGACCGCACAGUUCCGCCCGAGCCGGCGAGUCCUGGCGAGUACAUAAACAUCGACUUCAGCGAGAAGGCGAGCAACACGCCCUACUCCCUGUCUGCGGAGGGCUCGCCCUCCUCCCUGGGCUCGAGCAGCGACCACAGGCAGUCCCCGCUCUCCGACUACAUGAGCGUUGACUUGGACGUGCAGUCGCCGAAGGCCGCGAAGGAACUCUCCAGCUCUCUAACGGAUAUUUCAAUUUAUGCAAGUUCCAGUAUCCCCAGAAACCCCCCCAACCCCGACUACGCCAGGCUCUCCUUCGGCACCGCCUGCGUCAGCGCCGCCGGCGACAGGGCCGAGGACUACACGGAGAUGACCUUCAACAUGGCGGCCACACCCCCGCGGCAGUUCGCGGCCGAGGCCGAGGCCGGCGUGAAGGUGGACAGCCCGUCCUCCAUCGUCAACAGGCUCUGCAUCGUCGAUCGGUACGCCGGGGGCGGCACCUUCUCCCUUCCUAGCUCGGAACCCCCCAUGGCACCGAAGGUCAUCCGGGCCGACCCUCAGGGCAGGAGGAGGCACAGUUCUGAAACGUUCUCCUCGGCUGGGACUGUGACCACCUCCGCCUCGUUCUUCACUGAUAGUAGCAAAAGACACAGCUCUGCCUCAUUUGACAACGUUUGGUUAAAACCCGAUGAAAACAUUUCUGACGGUCAGGAAAGAAAAAUGUCCAGGGAUACCUCAACUGGAUUUCAGAAUGGCUUAAACUACAUCGCCCUGAAUUUGCGCGAUGACCCCAUAAGCUGUGAGGCAAGUACCGCAGCGCCAACUUGCCACCUCCAAAAUGGUACUUCAGGUUUGGACAGUGGAGCCUACGUGAGCAUAGAUUUCAGCAGACCCGACGGGCUGAAGUGCAACGCUGCGAGAAAAGACUGACUGCAUUGCCAUGGAAACGAUUGUUGGACGAGAAGACUUUUCCACUGGUAACUCCAGAAACUGUGUGGUGCUUUUGGAAGCAAAGCUCAGCUCCAGCCGGCUACUUUCAUUUCCACCAGCACGGACAUAGACACACAUCCUUUUAAUUAAUUUUUUCAUAGACAUCAGCUCUCAACAGUUGAAUUAAUUUGAAUUGAGAUUUUUUUCAUAGCUGUGCUUUGGUGAUGGAAUUUGGUCUUUCAUGUCCUAUCUAUUUGGGAGGCAGCGUGAAUGCUAAUAGGAGACCCCUGUAUGCCCCUUUCUUCCUCCUGCCUCUCCCAUUAAUUCUUUUUUUAAUUUAUAUUCUGAGAAGUCAAAGCUGGUUUCUGAUUGUCUGUUUAACAUGGGUUUUGCUUCUCUGGUACAUUAACAAGUGGUUAGCUUAAAACAUGUAUCGUUUAGAAAUAUUUUGGCAGUUCAGGAUUUUUUUCAGGUGGCUGGGCAGAAGGAGGAAGGG